AGAAUUAAUCGCGAAAUAUUCAGAUAAAAGUAUCAAAAAGAAAAAAAAGUCUGUACUCAUGCACGGAAAGAAUAAUUCUACUGAAAUAUAGAUCUGAAAAUAAUUAUGUUUGACCAAAAUAUAUACAUUGAAAAUUUAUAUAUUGCACGUUUAAGCUAGUUAUCUUAGAAUGUCAACUUUUUGCAGCAAUAUUAUAAUACUUGAACGUCCUACAUUAUUAUUCUGGUGAUCAUAAAAUUAUUUUCUGAUUUGUGUCAAGCUUUUUAAAUACUGUGAAAUUAUUCUUUUCGUGUAGAUAUGUAAAAAGUCAACUUGCAUCAAAUCGAUGAUGCAAAAAUUUGUAAUAUAAAUUCUCAAGAAACUUAUGGAAAAUGUAAUUUAAAAGCGUGAAAGGAAAUGUUCGCGACAAUAUUAUAUUAUACGUAGCUUCAAAAAUUUAUGGGAAUUAUUUUACUUAUUCUACACAGGUAUACCAAAAAGUAAAAUCGACGAAUUGAUCAAGGAUUUCAAUCACUAUAUUAAGUAUCACAAUAAGGACGCAAACCAGCUAUAUGUUAUUUCUUUAUUUGCAUGCAUAUUUUAUCGUAAUAAUCGAUAUCUCGUGGAUUGAGCUAUCUAUCGGGCGCGUCUCCGGGUGGCGGAUAGGAGGACGGCCAGACGGCGACCUGUCGUCUGGUUAGCGGCAGUUACAGCCUCUUCCGAGAUGGAACGAGGUAAAGCUGCCGCCGCGGACCAGCUUCCCAAGCCAAGUUGUAACGCAAAUCGUGAUGAGGGCUGCGUGGCACUGGGGGUGCAGUGCCGUUAACGAUGCCUCCGGGGAACCGGGCGACACUCCGGCAGUAAUGUAGCCUUACCCAUGCAUGCGGGGCUCUGCGUGGGCGGACGGUACCUACCCUAGCUGCUCGUGGGAUUCAGAAUGGAAAUAUCUAAUAUUACAUGCAAAAAUAAACAAACGAAGAUUGAAACAAAGACGGAGAACUCGCGAGAGAUCUCUACCAUAGGUGCGGCAAUGGCGACGGCAGCCACUGUUAAUGUUACUGCUGGGUCCUUGGACUUGAGGAGUAUUACUACAAAUACACAAGGGAACAACACUACGAUAUUCGGGACGAAUACUUUUUUCGGUUCGAAGCGGAAAAGGCGGAAAAGGAAGACCUUCAAUCCUAAUUUUAAUUUUUUGGCGGCUUUAUCGGCACCACAUACAACAGCGAGUACGUACAACACCGGUGUCAAACGUCCGCAAAGUUACAUCGACAGUCCCAGAUUGACGAAUAACCAAGUUACCAAGAAAUUUAAAGUAUUUGAUAACAGAAUCCAGGCGAUUAACGACAGCUUAACGAGAGCGUUAGUGUCGACGAACAACACGCCGUUGGACAUGAAACAUUUGACGUUGGUCCGGGGCGCAAUCUCAGCAGAGAUUAACAAGAUUGCCGGUGGCAACUUUGUGCCUAAAUUUUAUGAGUCGUACAUAAAAUUUGGCGCCAUAGUGAUUAAAUGUAUUGACGAGGCGUCGGUACACUGGCUGUCGACGCGGAUCGGCAACAUCUCACCAUGGCCGAAAGCCGAGUUCAGGAUAAUCAUGCUCGGCGAACUGCAGAAAUAUUUUCGUGCCCUCGUGUGGAUCCCAGGUCCGCUUCAGUCCACCCAGAGCUUACUGAGGUUACUGCACAUACAGAACCCGAAUCUCAACACAGCGAACUGGCAGAUAUUUGCCGAGAAUCUGGGAGCCUUUGAGGACGGAAGAAGCCUGUUACUCGGUGUACCAGAUUUGGACUACAGAAAACUCCAGGCGUCUGAUUUCAUGGCUUACCUAGGUCUCGAUCAGAUCCGCUUUGUCUUCUGCGACAACUCAGCAGAGGCUGUCUAGCCUAUAUUUUUUUAGCUUAAUCGAGAAUUGAAUUAAUUCUUGAUAUACAUAAAAAGCUACGAUCCAAAAGCAUUCUUUAUGUCACAUGUACUUGCUUGAUAUUGAUAAUAAAUAAAAAAAUUUUUUAAAUA